AGUCCUUUCCUUUUUCCUUCAGUAGGUGCCAUUUUCCUUCAUUAGUAAAUCUUCUGCUUUCUUCACUAAAAUCCUUAAUGCAAACAAAAUCAUCGAUCAAUGAAUCAAACAGUUAAAACUCUUUACAAAAAGUAAAUCACCAUUAUUAAUCACAUCAACAAUGAUGCAGCAGCAGCAAAACGCCGCCGAUAUGGCACAGCUUCAUUCCACCAUGCAAGCCAUCGAGCUCGCUUGCUCCUCCAUUCAGAUGCAUAUGAAUCCAGCAGCAGCUGAGGCCACUAUUAUGUCGCUAAAUCAGUCUCCUCAUCCGUACAAGGCUUGCCAGUUCAUUCUUGAGAAUUCUCAAGUUGCAAAUGCGAGGUUUCAAGCAGCUGCUGCAAUUCGAGAUGCUGCUAUUAGGGAAUGGAGUUUUCUAACUGGCGAUGACAAGAAAAGCUUGAUUAGUUUUUGUUUGUGUUAUGUUAUGCAGCAUGCUGGUUCAUCUGAUGGGUAUGUUCAAGUGAAGGUUUCUUCUGUGGCUGCUCAAUUGAUUAAAAGAGGCUGGCUUGAUUUCACAGCUGCCGAGAAAGAGACUUUUUUUUAUCAGGUAAACCAGGCUGUACUUGGCAUUCAUGGAAUAGAUGUGCAGUUCUCUGGGAUUAAUUUUCUAGAAUCUCUGGUUUCUGAGUUCUCGCCUUCUACUUCUAGUGCCAUGGGCCUUCCUAGAGAAUUUCAUGAGCAGUGCCGGAUGUCAUUAGAGCUAAACUAUCUGAAGACAUUCUAUUGUUGGGCACGAGAUGCUGCUGUAGGCGUCACCAAGAAAAUAACUGAAUCUGAUAAUGAGGUACCUGAGGUUAAGGUUUGUACAGCCGGAUUGCGUCUCAUGCUUCAAAUCAUGAACUGGGAUUUUCGGUAUAAUAUACCUGCUACAAAAGCUGGUAUUGAUGUUUUCUCACCUGGAGUUAGAGCAGACAGUUCUUCAUUAAAGAGAUCAGAGUGUGUGGUAGUUCAGCUUGGUCCUGCGUGGCGUGAUGUUUUAAUUUCAAGUGGCCAUGUUGGUUGGCUUUUGGGCUUAUAUGCAGCAUUAAGAGGGAAGUUUGCAUGUGGAGGUUACUGGCUUGAUUGUCCUAUUGCAGUUUCUGCUAGGAAGCUUAUUGUACAAUUCUGCUCCUUGACAGGAACCAUAUUUCAUCCUGACAAUGAAUUAAUCCAAGAACAGCAUUUGCUACUACUGCUAUCUGGGAUAAUACAGUGGAUUGAUCCUCCUGAUGCUGUUUCACAAGCAAUUGAAUCUGGGAAAAGUGAAAGUGAGAUGCUUGAUGGCUGCCGUGCAUUAUUGUCUAUGGCAACUGUAACAACCCCCUUUGCAUUUGACCAACUCUUGAAAUCUAUAAGGCCCUUUGGCACUCUUGCCCUGUUAUCCACCUUGAUGUGUGAAGUUAUCAAAGUGCUAAUGACUAAUAACACGGAUGAGGAGACAUGGAGCUGGGAGGCACGCGAUAUCUUAUUAGAUACCUGGACCACACUACUCAUGUCAAUGGAUGGUACUGGUGGGAAUCCAUUGCUUCCACCUGAAGGGAUACUUGCUGCAUCCAAUUUAUUUGCCUUAAUUGUAGAGUCUGAGCUAAGAGUGGCUUCUGCAUCAGCAAUGAAUGAUAAAGAUGAUUCUGACUACCUUCAGGCUUCCAUUUCUGCCAUGGAUGAAAGGUUGAGUUCUUAUGCCCUUAUAGCUAGAGCAGCAGUUGAUGUCACAAUUCCGUUACUUGCAAGACUCUUUUCUGAGUGCUUUUCACGGCUUCAUCAGGGCAGGGGAAUCAUUGACCCAACUCCAACUUUGGAAGAACUUUAUUCGUUGUUGCUAAUAACUGGACAUGUACUUGCUGAUGAAGGGGAAGGAGAAACGCCCCUGGUCCCACAUACCAUACAAACUCAUUUUGUAGACACAGUGGAGGCAGACAAGCACCCUACUGUUGUGCUCUCGAGAAGCCUGGGAUCUCGAACGUGUUAUGGGACCAAGGGAAUGAUCAAACCCUUCACUUCUGGUUUGAUUAUAAAGUUUGCUGAGCAGAGUUUAGAUCCAGAAAUGAGAACUUCAGUUUUCAGUCCUCGACUCAUGGAGGCCGUGAUAUGGUUUCUUGCAAGAUGGUCUUGCACAUAUCUAAUGCCGGAAGAAUUUAGGGACAGUAAUAUCAAUGCAGGCCAUGAUAAUGAAUAUCAGUUUCGGCAACUGCAAUCCAGAAAAGCUUUGCUCAGUUUUUUUGGAGAGCAUAAUCAAGGCAAACCUGUGCUUGACACUAUUGUUCGCAUUUCAGUCACAACACUGUUGUCUUAUCCUGGAGAGAAGGAUCUCCAGGGUCUCACUUGCUACCAACUACUUCAUUCUCUUGUUCGGCGGAAAAAUAUUUGCAUUCACCUUGUCGUAUUGGACUCAUGGCGUGAACUAGCAAAUGCUUUUGCUAAUGAGAAGGUUCUUUUCUUGUUAAAUACUGCAAAUCAACGUUCACUGGCUCAAACCCUUGUUCUUGGUGCUUCUGGAAUGAGAAAUUCAGAUGCAUCUAAUCAAUAUGUAAGGGAUCUCAUGAGUCCUAUGACAAAUUAUCUGGUGGAAUUGUCUAAGAAGAGUAACCUCAAAAGUGUUGCUCAACAACCAGAUGUCAUAUUAUCAGUCAGUUGCUUGUUGGAGAGACUACGUGGAGCUGCUAGCGCCUCAGAACCUCGAAACCAGAGAGCUCUUUAUGAGAUGGGAUUCUCUGUAAUCAAUCCUGUUCUGGUUCUCCUUGACGUGUACAAACAUGAGUCUGCAGUUGUUUAUAUUCUACUUAAAUUUGUUGUUGACUGGGUGGAUGGGCAAAUUUCCUACCUAGAGGCCCAAGAAACAGCUGCUAUUGUCGAUUUCUGCAUGCGUUUGCUUCAGCUUUACUCCUCUCACAAUAUUGGCAAGAUAUCAGUGUCUCUUUCAAGCAGCUUGCUUAGUGAGGCACAGACAGAGAAAUAUAAAGAUUUACUUGCUCUGCUUCAGCUUCUUUCAAGUCUUUGUUCAAAAGAUCUGGUCGACUUCUCAUCAGAUCCCAUCGAGGCGCAGGGGACAAACAUAUCUGAGGUUGUUUAUUUUGGUCUUCACAUAGUUACCCCGUUGAUUUCUUUGGAGCUUCUGAAAUACCCCAAGCUUUGUCAUGAUUACUAUUCGUUGCUGUCGCAUAUGUUGGAGGUUUAUCCUGAAACAAUUGCACGACUAAAUAGUGAAGCUUUUGCCCAUGUUCUUGGAACUCUUGAUUUCGGUCUUCGCCACCAGGACACAGAAGUAGUGAGUAUGUGCUUGAGAGCUCUUAAAGCUCUUGCUUCCUUCCACUACAAGGAGACACGUGCUGGCAAGAUAGGCUUGGGCUCACAUGCCAUGAACUUUAAGGAUCCGCAAGGCAAUUUGCAGGAAGGCAUCUUGAGUCGGUUUCUUAGAUUGUUACUGCAGCUGCUCCUUUUCGAGGAUUACAGCACUGAUCUGGUAGGUUCUGCAGCAGAUGCUCUGUUUCCAUUGAUCCUUUGUGAACAAGACCUAUACCAGAAAUUAGUGAAUGAGUUGAUAGAGAGGCAAGCAAAUCCAACACUCAAAUCAAGACUCGCGAAUGCAUUAUUCUCUCUCACAAGCUCCAAUCAGCUUUCAUCCUCUCUAGAUCGUAUGAAUUACCAAAGGUUCAGGAAGAAUGUUAACAACUUCCUGAUUGAAGUCCGUGGGUUUUUGCGGACAAUGUGACGUGCAAUCCGUGAUGUAAUCUUUUGGAUGUUCUUUUUGUGAUUGUUUUUGCUCUGUUGUUGCAAGAGUAAAGUUUUGAAAUUAGUGGAACAUCCCAGUUUUUGUUAUAGAUUACCUGCCUUUUCAGAUACAAAAAUAAGAUAGGAGAGAAAAAUAGUUGGAUGUCGUUUAAUUGGCCUGUAGACGAGAAUAUGUAGAUCUACCAAAUGGAAUGCUCCACUAAGUGUGUUGUCUGGUAACAAUAUGUGGCAACAUUCCAGUAUAGGAAUCUAAGCUUCUUAUUCUCUUAUGCUUGUUACAUAUACUUCUAGCAAUACCACGAGUAUUCUUUGAGCUUACCCUCAUAAA